AUGGCAACGCAAACUCCCGAUAGCGAAGGUCUCAUUCCUGUUGAGCACCACCCGACCAGCCCACAAGUCAGCCCGCUUCCCAGUUCGCCAGUCGCUCAGCCCUCCCAUCAACCUCAGCAAGACACUAUUGCCCAAAUUAGCCCCGAGCCCAUUGGCAUUACCCCUUUGUCACCCCCCUCAGAACAUUCAGGCACUCUGCUGCCAACCUACGAAAAGUCACGACAGGAACACGAAGCGCCUAUUCCCGUUCAUAACCCUCCUAUCGCCCCUGAAAAGGAAUACAAUGGCCAGCCAGUCGAGCAAAUCUCAGGGAGCUAUUUCAACCAAGCUCCGGCUCACCAUCCUUCUGAUGUAAAGGCGUACCCGGGCCAGGCAGCCCCCCAGCAGAUUCAGCAACAUCCUCAGCAACAGAUGUACUAUACUCCCUAUGGCCACCCCAGCGGAUAUGCGACUGCGGUUCCCUUGCAUGCUCUUCAGUCGGCGCCCUGCCCGGUGGACUGCCCCGCCUGUGGUCGCCGAGAGAUGACUCGAGUAGAGCCAGUGACUGGCUUGACUACACAUGGAUGGGCUGCCGUUCUGUGCUUCUGCUGCUGCCUCGGAUGUAUCCCGUAUUUGAUGUCUUCGCUCAAGGAUGUCGACCACUACUGUGGCGGUUGCGGUACUAAGCUUGCUUGUUGGCAUAACAGCGGGCGCAUUCAAGUCUUCCAAAUUCCAGCAGGACAGAUGCCCCCUGGAGCACCUGUGCCACAGGCUGACCAGAAUGCUCCUCAGUCCCCGCCAGUUCCUCAUACAUACCAGUAG